UCAAGUGUCAAGCAAUGUCAUAUUAUGUCAGUAUAUCAGCUGACUUAUUUAUUUUUUAAUAAAUUGGACAUUUAAAUCUUGAAAUUCACUAUGUAAUAUGUGUGAAUUUGGAAGAUUUGGACCACUUAUAGGUGCAAUCGAUGAAGGAACUUCAAACGUAAAAUUUCUGGUGUUUGCGGCCAAUACAUCAGAGGUGUUAACAUACCAUCAAAUAUCUCUGAAGAGGUUUAGCCCUCAGGAAGGAUGGGUUGAACAAGAUGCUUUAGAAAUCCUAAAUGCAGUGCUGGAAUGCAUAGAGGUAACAACAGACAACUUAAGGAAGUUGGACAUAAACCCUGCUGAUGUAGUAGGCAUUGGCAUAACAAACCAAAGAGAGACAACAAUAGUUUGGAACUCACUCACGGGGCAACCACUUUAUAGUGCAAUAGUGUGGUUAGAUGUAAGGACUUCAAGAAUUGUUGAUGAUCUUACAAAAUUAAAGGGAGCACAAUGCAUUAACGCUGUUGUUCAGACUAGUGGGCUUCCAUUGUCAACAUAUUUCUCAUCUGUUAAAUUAAAAUGGCUACUUAAAAAUGUUACUGCUGUGAAAGAUGCUGUGGCUGCUGGUGAAUGCCUAGCGGGCACUGUGGACUCCUGGCUUAUAUGGAACCUCACUGGUGGCGUUCAUGGCGGAAUACACGUAACGGAUGUGACAAAUGCCUCUCGCACACAACUUAUGUCUUUGAGAAGCUUACAAUGGGAUAAAGGACUCUUACGAUUUUUCGACAUACCGCCUGAAAUUUUACCAAAGAUAAAAAGUUCAGCAGAAAUUUAUGGCUACAUUUCUUCUGGACCACUUCUAGGCGUACCAAUCGCAGGAUGCUUAGGAGAUCAACAAGCAGCUCUAGUCGGUCAAGGAUGCAUGAAAUUUGGACAAGUUAAAUGUACUUUCGGUACUGGGUGUUUUCUUUUAUAUAAUACAGGUGAUUCAAUCGUACACUCCCAAUAUGGACUUUUAACCACAGUAGCUUAUAAAUUAGGACCAGAUAGUCCUCCGGUUUACGCAUUAGAAGGAUCUGUGGCAAUAGCUGGAGAUACUUUACAAUGGCUUCGCGACGGACUCGAGAUUUUAAGCGACGUAAAAGAUUCUGAAUUUCUAGCCGCUGAAGUGGAUGACAAAGAUGAGGGCAGUAUUUGUUUUGUUCCUGCAUUUAAUGGAUUGUACUCGCCUUACUGGAGAAAAGAUGCCAGGGGAAUCAUGUGUGGAUUAAGUGGCAUGACUCGACGGCAACACAUAAUUCGUGCGGCACUUGAAGCGGUGUGCCAGCAGACUCGAGCAGUAAGUGAUGCGAUGGCCACCGACUGCGCGCCGCUGCGACGGUUACUCGCCGAUGGGGGCAUGGCGCAGAACUCCGUUCUUAUGCAAAUGCAAGCUGAUUUAUUGGGAAUUCCAGUGAUUCGUCCAUUGAUGAUGGAAAGUACCGCCCUUGGAGCCGCAAUAGUGGCUGGGCGAGCACUCCAGGUGUGGCCUACAACAACGCCGAGUCCGCCUGCAGACACAUUGCCCUCUAUUUCAAGUGAAGAAAGAGAUAUGCGACGCGUCCGUUGGGAAGAAGCGCUCAAUCGAUGUAUGAACUGGGCAAAUGACAGUAACAACGACUCGCAAUUGAAGGAAAUAUCAGAUGAGGAGGACAAAACAACGACCGUGUUGCCGCCGGGACUAUUUUUCCUUGGUACAGCGUUUCUUCUGAUUAUAGCCGACAAAUUAAAAGCCAUUUAGCAUAUUGUAGUCUCAAAUGCAUAAUAUAGUAUGCAGUAUAACAUUUGAGCGCCAAAGCUAGUUUGUUUAAAAAAACGUAUUAAUUUAUUUGUAGUGAAAUUGUUAAUUACCUGUUGUUAAUCAAAAUGUGUAAAAUAA